GGGGACUUGCUAGCAGCACCUCACCGGGUAAGCAACAUGAUGCGUUUACGAGGGUCCACUAAGCUCUACCAUCCUGCUGAUGCGUGGCGGAGCUGCGCCAAGUUUCUCUCUCACAUAUAUCUGCGCCUGUGAGCUCUGAUCAACCGACGGCGUCACCCUCCCAUAGCAGUUUGGUCGUGUACAAGUUGCCUGUUUCCAGCUCGUGUUCUAUACUCUCUCGUAUUUCUGUGCUCAUGGUCAUCACUGCUUUCCAUAUUAUCAAUCCGCACGCCCCAAUAUGACAGAUAAGAAGAAAUACUUCGAUGUUGACGAGUUUCAGCGCUGGUACGAAAUGCAAGGGAAGAACGCCAUGAUACCUCCACGGGCUAACUUCCUCGCGGCGACAAACCACAUCCGGAAUCUUUUCGAUAAGAACAAGUUCACAUGGGGCGUUAUGUGUGGUAUGGAGAUGCUGUGUCUAGGCUAUCGACGUGAGAUGCCAGAUCUGCACAUCGUAUACGACAGCAGAGACUUUUUGCGAAUGAAAGCUAAGCUUAUGGCUGAUCGCCGCUUUCGGGUACCCAGCGACAUGAACUCUCUCUUUCCCACCAAAAUCUUCAUUCAGACGGGGCCCGAGUACAAAGAUACAGGAUGUACCCUGACUACUUUCAUCGAAGUGAACCUCGUUCCACCAGGGGUUUAUGGCACUCCGCCAACCGAUUCCCUUAGCAGUAACCUCGUAAUUCUAGGAUUGAAGACUGAUGGGAAACAAAACACUUACAAAGGCCUGAACAUGCUAUACUUGAUGAAAACAAUGAUAUACUGUUGUAAGGUCCGAGACUUAGCCUGGGACCCCAGAAAAGAUAUCGUGUUUCUAUGUCAAAACUAUGGGGAAGACAUCCAAAACAUCCGGAGCCAUCUCAACCAAAAGGACGUCCAAGAAUAUUUUCUAGGAACGCCCUUCUUCUCACGGCUCGCUCAGACAGAUCAGCGCAGAUGCUAUCUCGUACUUCUUGACAAGGAGCCUCCACCGAUGAUGGCCAUCACCCCUCCAGCUCCGCAGUCUGGUCAUAAGUACUCGGCAUCUACUUCGGAUUUGAUCAGACCUCCUAUCUCGUCGCACAAGUCCUCGCCAUCGCUAAGCAUACAUGUUUCCUCUGAGCAUCUCAGUCUCCCUGUCCCUGGAAGUUUUCACCAACAUGCGCCCUCUAUCUCACAGCCACAAACACAGCCAGAUCAUUCUAUCACUGCAAGAGACUCUCGUUCAAGAUAUCGAAAUAUCAGUGCCCCCAACAGCCGGAACAUAAGUCCUGAAGGCCCUCUGCUUACGAUGAGUAGUAUGCGACCUAAAUCAAUGGAUUCUCGGGCCGCGCAUGAUCAACUCGCUGUGCCGUCGUAUCAGGCUCGAAUCACGAAUAUGCAGAGUGUGGUAAGCUCAAGACCACAGGCAGUUUCAAGCUUCUGUCCUGUUCCCAUGGUCGCUGAGGCGCGGAAGUCCAUGCCCAACCUAAAUGCGUUGUUCAGGGAUACAAUGCCCUCGUAUGCCAUCACUCAGACGCCCUUCGCGGAUGGACGUACCAUUCCGUAUCAGCAGCAGCAGUAUCCCAACAUGCAGCCAGUCAGUACGUUCGAAGCAACAGGGUCUCAGAACCCAGGACAAGAGCAUCUGAAGUCGCAACUUGGAUUUUCAAGUAAUACCGGGUAUGGACACAUGGGCCCUCCAGUACCGAUUACGGUCAACCCGAAACGCCCACAAGCAAGGGCUUCAUCCCAUGGAUCACAUCUGGAUAGAAUGUCACAAUCUGAGACCUCUAUUCCCGUGUUGGGUGAGCCCAAGAUCGGCGAACUUGAUCUUGUCAGACCUGAGGGUGCGGAUGUCUCCUCUACAGAGUCUGCUGGAGAGUCAAAAGAGCUACAAGCUAAGAAGGCCCUUGCAACUGACGUUGAGGGAUUCCAUCUAGCUGCUCAUGCAGCAAGCUCAGAGGCCCAUCCUGAGCACGACGUUUCAGUGAUUCCACGGCCUCUCUUCGCCCCAAAGCAUUCACUACCCGUUGCCGAGCUCGACACAACACCUCGUUCGAAAAACCUCAUCGCAGAGUUGCCAGCCGAGGAAAUCGAGUCAAAGAACAUUGUCCCGACACCCCCAAUGUCAACACACAAGCUCUCCGAGUCCACGAUAUUCCCACGAGCAGAGAGCACCACAGCAAUGGAAGGCACCAAAACCAGCAGCGGACCAAGACCUGAAGAAUCACCAGUCAGCCCUCCAGAUAUCACCGCCUCUGCCUUGACCCAGAAACCAACCACCAGGCCUCUAAAUCCACGAACACAGUCCGCCCCGCUCAACACAUUACCAGCAAGCUUAGUAGCAGGCGGCGCACAGCCUCAUCAUCGAUCACAACAACCUUCCAUCUCGCACCAACCACCCACAAAAACCAACGCAUCGAAAUACGUGCGCUACUACGCUAAGCCAUCUCCCAGUGUCCAAAAUCAAGACCAACCCGCAUACAAAGCGUACCAACCACCAUCCACACCGCUCGUGCGCCCUGAGAUCCCACAUUCGCAGACCGAGCCCGUGCGCCCUCACCACGCUGUGUUGGAUUCACGGGAAGCAGGGCAGCAGACACUAUCUCGUGAGCGCUCGGACGAGUACUACAUGGUGCAUUCAGCGCAUAACCACCCCGGACACUUGCGCAAUGUGUCGAACGAUUCAACGCAGAGUCAUGAUUCGGAUGAACUGGCGCGUGAGUACCGGUUGGAGUUGCCUGAUUUUGGGGAUGUGUAUGGGAAGGAUGGGGAGUCGUAAUAGGUGGUUGAUUAGGGUGGUCGAUGUUGGGGGUUGGACAAUGUAUAUGAUUCAUUAUGAUAUGACACAAUUGUACUGCUAUAAACAGAUCACCUACUUUGAGUUUCGCCUUACUAUGAUGUGCAAUGGAUCAUGAAAAAUAUAAUCUUGUCUCUCAGAUGAUCUCUGCACAUGUGUUGAGUUGAUUGAUGUUCACUUCUAAGAUAUGUCGCUUAGACACCCGCUUUUUUGCUGCAUAUGUUACCUUAACGGCGACAUCUGAUAACGCUGCCCCUUGUAAACUGAGAGU